AUGGUCCGCAGGGCUCAUCGCAAGUCCAGAAAUGGUUGCCUGGAAUGUAAGAGGCGGCAUGUCAAGUGUGAUGAGCGACGUCCGAUCUGCUCCCACUGUUCCAUCACAGAGCGAGCAUGCGAGUAUCGCUCUCCGCGAAUCCCUACAGUGGAAGAAACACCAUCACCACCAUCACCACCAUCAACAACAACAUCACAACCAACACCACCAACACCAAUCAACCUCCACGAGACUACAUCCCCCCAAGAGCCCCCCGCAAACCUCCUCCACCUUCAACUCCUCCACAACUUCACAACCUCAACCUCCCACUCCCUCACAACACCCUCCUUCACCCCAAACAUAACCACCCUCUCCCUCUCCACCCCCUACCUCGCCAACGAACUCCUCGCCCUCUCCGCCCUCCACAUAAGCGCAACCCAACCCCCCCACCGCAAAACCUACCACCACCACGCCGCGCAACUCCAAACCCACGCGCUCGCAGCCUUCAACGCCACCCCGGACCUCGUCCCCAUCACAGAAGACACCUGUGCCCCGCUCCUCCUCUUCUCAUCCUGUCUGGGCCUGCACGCCCUCUGCGAUACGCUUGUCUUCCGUGACCACCCCGGUAGGGAUACGGACUUUGGACAUUUCAUCGCUCGCUUCGUCAGAUAUCUCCGAUUGCAUCAUGGUGUUCGUGCGGUUACGGGAUCGGCGUGGUCUAUGCUUCGUGCGUCUGUCUUAUCACCCCUUCUAGAUGGCAGCGCUGCCCUCUUUGAUUGGAAUGGCGGCGGUGGUGGUGAUAGCAACGAUGACAGCAAUAACCUAGCUCCCCCAUUCCACCACCUCUGGGAUCGCAUCACCGCCCGCCGGCUCGGCGCAGACUCAACCCGCGUCUAUCACCAGGCGAUACAGGCUUUGCAAGUCGCAGCCAACGCAUCGCGCAUAUCUGUAGACGACGACAUCCCUACCCCCGCCCCUAUCCCUAACAACGGCAACAUCAACGCCAACAGCGACAGCGACACGGAAAGAGAAAGGGGAAGCCAACAAAAAGAGAAAACAAACCCCACCGGCAUAAUAGCCUGGCCCGUCCUCGUCUCCCCCUCCUACAUCGACCUGCUCAUGCACGGGCGACCCGAAGCGCUCGUGAUAUUAGCGUGUUACGGGGCACUGCUGCACCGCUUCUCGGAGUUGUGGAUAUUUGGCGAUGGGGGCCGGUUUUUGAUCGAGUCUGUAGGGGAGUUUUUGGGGAGCGAGUGGGAGGGAUGGUUGGGGUGGCCGAGGGAUGUAUUAUUGAGAUAUUGAACUGAGUUGAAUGUGGGGAUGGUGUU